CUCUGUCACACAUUCAACACGCACAAGAUCUCAGCCGUGCAUCAAAGCCAUCAGCUUGCCUGUUCCUCCAGCACUAUCCCUCUCCCUCUUGCCCUCCCUCCACCCGCCGACGCGCGCCAUGAUGCGGCCGUGAACAGCCUGCCGCCCACGACCCAGCCCUCAGCCCCACCCACCUCCACUUUCCUCGGCCAUCCGCGCCUCCUCCUCGACAUUGCCUGCAUCCUCGUCGCGCUCGUAAAUUCCAACCAUGGGCGCGCCUACCGACUUUCCAGUGCCUGAUGCCACACCUAAAGUCGCCAAGGCUGGCGAGGACGCCGACGACGAGGAGCACCACCAUGUAUCCAUCGCUUCGCUGCGCUCAAAGUUCGAGACGCUCGCGCACGGAGUGCACUCGGUCGCCGCCCACCCCCUCCACGGUUUACGGCCACAUCGGCCUGCCUCGCCGGCCGUUGUAACUACCGCGGCCGCUGGAGCGACGCCGACACCGACGCAGGCCCAAACAGCCUCGCCGACGUCGUCAUCACCGGUCAUUCAGAGCGGUGCAACGGUGACUUCCGCACUGCCCGUGUCCUCGAAAUCGGUGUCUCCCGUAAGCCAGUCGCCUUCAAGCAGGCCACUGCCUAUUCCUGGUGCAGGGGCACGGCCUCCAAGAGUUGGCUCACCCGGUAUCUCGGCUCCGUCGCUAGCACCGGGCCGUUCAUCGCCCUUCACCUCCUCUCCCCUGGCCACUUCGCCCGCUGCCUCGCCACCUAAACCACGGCUGCCACCAGUCCACACCGCAGACAAGCCGACAACGCCGCCAGUGAGCAUCGUCCUCUCAACACCCAUUUCGGCUGAGCCCGAGGAUAUUGGCGAUGAGCCUGCCCCGUCCGUCAAGGCGCUGCGGGAACGCUUUGGGGCAGUGUCGAUCCAGCCCAGGCCCGCUUCUAGCUCCCCUUCGAGCUCCAGGCGAGUGUCGUUCGAUGCGCCGCGUGUUGCUGUCCCGGAGGAAUUGGCUCAGUCAGAGGAGUCGAAAGAUGCACCCAAGGAGACGGCGGGUGACAACCCAGCAGCACUCAAGCGACCACCCCCACCGCCACCUUCCUCAAAGCCCACACAUCCGGCAUCGACGGCAGUUGUCUUUGCGCCGGUUGCAGGCCCGGCCGGCCCCAAGUAUGAUCAGUCCACAGCCGUGCGUGCAAAGGGCCCGGCACCGCCGCCGCCGACGUCAAGAUCUGCUUCGCCAGCCAAAAUGGCCGACGUCACCGCCGGCGGGCUGACCGCUUCGCCGGCGACAACGCCCAACAUCUCGCGUUCCUCAUCGCCCGCCCCAGCUACUUCUCUUCAUCGCCCUCCUCCACCGCCACCACUAGUUGCCAAGCCUGCUGCUAGCCCUGCUGCCGCUGAGCCAAUACCUGUGGUUGCCGAGAGGCCAGCAGUACCUGCUCGAAAGCCAACAGUGGUGGGAGAGGCGGCACCUCCUCCUCGGCCUUCCCCUUCAGCUGCCGACUCGGUGCCCAGCCUACCUCCCCGUCGACUGAGUGUGGCAGCUCCUGCGGAUGCGACGACAGCCCCGGUGCACACUGGUCGUGCCGUGCCACCUCCUCCACCGGCUCGCAAAGUCGAGGAAGGGCAUCCGCCAGCAGAUGCUUCAAUGGGGCCGCCACCACCUAUUCCUACCGGGCGCCCUAACGCUUCCACCGCCCCCACGUCACAGCCUUCAGAUGACAGGCCUGGACCACCACCACCACGUCCGGCGACAGCAGCUGUGGCUAUCCCGCCUACUCCCCCGCGACCAAAAGCAGCGGCCACGCCCGAGAUCGCAGCGUCACCACCAAAAGUGGUCAAACCACCGCUUCCUGGGAACAAGCCAGCAGCCCCGACCGUCAUCCCAACGACGGCUGUGCCUCCUGUUGACGUGUCGAAGCCACCAUUACCGCAGCGUAAGGCAACACUGCCGCCCACAGGCGCCACUCCGCCCCGUCUCCCGGUCAGGCAAAACAGUGUAGCUUCAAUCACCCCAUCCCAGGCGUCUUCGAAUUCGACUCUACGCCAGGGAUCGAUGACGGACGAUAGCUCUGCAUACCAUCCUCCACCCCCACCAACGCGCUCAGCAACCAGCCUUGCGUCAGUAGGCCCGCCACCAAAGCGAAACGGCACAGUUACUGCCAAGCGUGGAGCUAUUGCCCCACGACUUCAACCCGAUUCUUCGAACAGCUCCAUUCCGCGCAGUGGGUCUGGUGACUUUUCAGAAGACGACGACGACGAGGGCGGACCUGUUCAACACAUCAAUUCGAUGGCGCAGCGCCUGCUUGACGAGCAUGCCGACAGCUCAGAGGCCAACCGGCGGCCUCCGCACUACUCUCCAGAUAUCAAGAUGUCUCUGACAACUGGAAUCACGGCUUUCGCUGUCCACGGCAAAUACACAUGCGUCGCGCAUCACCAGGUACGCGUGUUCGACACAACUUUCGACGACCGGCCAAUCCACACGCUCGAGCUCAAGGACACUGGUCUCGACUUCCGUGUCAAGGAUCCGCGUGUGACUGCCAUGUGCUUCCGGCCUGGAGAAACGGCAGAGCAGGAAGGCCGCUUCGUCUGGUGUGGAACCAAGGACGGCCACGUGUGGGAGUUGGAUGUCAUGACCGGAGAGGUGACAAGCCAGAAGCCGUCGAUUCAUUCCGGAGCGGUUACGCACAUUUUGCGGAGCCACAACAAUAUCCUCACGAUCGACGAUAUCGGCAAAGUGCACGUGUUUGAGGUCGAGCAGGGAACUCCAAAGCGAGACCCCGCAAAGCUGCUGCGAACCGUCCGUCUCUCAGACAAGGUGACGUUUGCCAAGAUGAUUCGGGGGCGCCUAUGGACAGCCACUGCUCCAGCAGUGCGUUCCACUACGGCGUCUUCUGGGGCUCGAGGACCGGCGAUCCGCGUUUAUGAUCCCUGUGCCCCUGGCACCGCGCCUCCGCCCCAGAUGGCGCUUACAUCGGAGUGGGCUGGUGCCGCGACCUCGGCGACAGUCAUGCCCAUGGAUCCAGACAGGGUCUUCCUCGGCCAUGAAGGUGGCUACGUCUCGAUAUGGACACUGGGAGAUGAACUCGAGUGUCAACAAGUCCUCAAGAUCUCGUCGACAGACAUCCUCUCACUUGAGGGUGUGGGAGAACGCCUGUGGGCAGGUAACAGGAAGGGCCAAAUUCACGUGUAUGACAUUACACCCAAGCCAUGGAUCGUCACCAACGUCUGGACGGCACAUCCUGACCAGCCUUGCCACACGCUGGUGGCAGACCCCUGGGGUAUCAGUUCGACGGGCCGCUUCAUGCUAUGGUCGUGUUCCCGAGACGUGCUGCACGCCUGGGACGGGCUGUUGGCUGUCGACUGGACUGGGAAACGGUUGACAGACCGGCAGCCUGAUUAUUGCGACUUUCGCGAAAUUCGUGCGCUGGUGUGCUCGUGGAACAUUGACAGCGCCAAGCCAAGCGAGCUGUCUGGUCCGCCCCAGAAUGCCAACUUCCUCAACGAAUUGCUGCACUCGGUCGAGUCGCCGGAUAUCAUCGUGUUCGGGUUCCAGGAGACGAUCCCGUUGACGGAUAAGAAGCUUACAGCCAAAACGUUCCUGUUUGGGAGCAAGGGCAAGGACAGCGGCGGAGCCACAAAGGACACGGUGUCUGGUGCCUACCGCGCGUGGGCGGACAAGCUGCAGUCGGCUGUCGGGCAGAUCUCGACAGCCGAGUCGCAGUACGUCAAGGUGCACUCGGAGCAGCUUGUCGGCCUGUUCAGCUGCAUGUUCGUCAAGUCGUCGUUGAAGAACAGCCUGCGAGAUGUGCACAUCACGACAGUCAAGCGUGGCAUCGGAGGCAUCUAUGGCAACAAGGGAGCCAUCUUUGCGCGCAUGGUAGUCGACGACACGUCGAUCUGCUUCAUCAAUGUGCACCUGGCUGCUGGACAGAGCCACAAAGGAGCGCGAAAUGCGGAUAUCGCCGCGAUCAUGGAGGACAAGGCCAUCUUCCCGCCAGCGGACACGUUGCCGUACGUGCGUGGUGGCGACGGCACAGGCGUGCUAGACCACGAGAUGGUCGUGUUCAGCGGUGACCUCAACUACCGCAUCGACCAGCGGCGCGAUCUUGUCGAGAGCAUGAUUGACGUCGGCGAUCUCGCCUACUUGCUCGAGCGGGACCAGCUCCGCCGAGAGAUGCGAGCGAACCACGCGUUCCGCCUGAGGUCGUUUGCCGAAGCGCCAAUCACGUUCCCGCCGACGUACAAGUACGACCCGGGGACGGACAACUACGACAGCAGUGAAAAGCGACGAGUGCCCGCAUGGUGCGACCGCAUCCUGUUUACGCGCACGUCGCGCCUCAAGGCGAUCAACUACCAGCGGUAUGAGAUCAACGUCAGUGACCAUCGCCCCAUCUCGGCGGGGCUGGCGGUGCAGGUCAAGCACAUUGACCCGGUGCGAAUGCGCGAGGUGACCAAGCAGGUGACUGCCGAGUGGCGCGUGCACGAGGCGGACAUUCUUGCCAAGAUGGCAGAAGCGUACAAGCUGCACUAGGUAGCCAUAUCUGAUGCU